AUGGACUGGAUGAAAUCUAGAGUUGGGGUCCUGGGACUGUGGGUCCCUCUGCUGGCUGUCUUCCUACUGGGGGUCUGCCAGGCACAUCCCAUUCCUGACUCUAGCCCCCUCCUCCAGUUUGGGGGUCAAGUCCGGCAGAGGCACCUUUACACAGAUGACGACCAGGACAUUGAAGCCCACCUGGAGAUCAGGGAGGACGGCACAGUGGUAGGCGCCACACACCGCAGCCCAGAAAGUCUCCUGGAGCUCAAAGCCUUGAAGCCAGGGGUGAUUCAAAUACUGGGUAUCAAGGCUUCUAGGUUUCUUUGCCAACAGCCCGAUGGAACCCUGUACGGAUCGCCUCUCUUUGAUCCCCGGGCCUGCAGCUUCAGGGAGCUGCUCCUUGAGGAUGGGUACAAUGUGUACCAGUCGGAAGCCCAUGGCCUGCCCCUGCGCCUGCCCCAGAGGGACUCUUCAAACCAGGACCCAGCAUCCUGGGGACCUGUGCGCUUCCUGCCUGUACCAGGCCUGUCUCACCAGCCCCAGGAACUACCAGGGUUCCUGGCGCCAGAGCCCCCAGACGUGGGCUCCUCUGACCCACUGAGCAUGGUGGGGCCUUUGCAGGGCCGAAGCCCCAGCUAUGCUUCCUGA